UCACGCAUUACUGUUCUAUUGCUUGAGUUGUGCAUUUUGGACGCGAAAUCGAGACAGUAAUCGAUUUUAUCUGUUACUCAUUUUUGACGACUUUUUGUUUCGAUACAUUUACUUUGCAUCUCAUUUGAAAAUUUUAUGUGAACAAAUCAUUUAUAGUAUAGUUGAUCUGUGAGACUGAAUGGAUGUUAUUAGUAGUAAACGUGUACAUUUUGUUUUGAUUUAUAUUGAUCGGUCGUAGCAUAUAAGGUGUAUUGUAUAUACUGAUAGUGUAUCCGGUCUGGUUUUAGUUUUAAUGAACAUUCCAUGAGUUUUUAUCAUUUUUACUGGAUAUUAUGUUAAAAAUUGCAUUCGUUGCAAAAUGUUUUAUAUUAAGUUGACCAUUUCAUUGAUCGUUUUGUUGGUGUUGUGUCAACAUUGUCGAUCUUUCCGCCUCGAUUCACAUAAUGGAUCGGUUCGUAUUAAUAAGUGUUGUGAACCAAAUGAGAUUCUCGUUGGUUUGUCGUGUGUAGACGCGAAAGAAUCAAACGAAGAAAAAUGGUCACCGAUCUUCACCGGAUACGAUGGUAAAGCAAAUGCACAAGUGCCUGGUGGAUUUUGGUUUGCGAUCGGCCUUCCGGCGUGUAGUCAAACACAAGUAUGGCCAAUUUAUUAUUAUCCAGGGAGCCGUGAUCGUUUAGCUUUACUACCAGACGGCACAUUACGUCACUUCAUUCAAAAGCCAGAAGAUGAUGUGGGCGAUGCAUUCAUCAGUGAUAGCGAUAAAUUGGAAGAGAUCAUGCUUCACGACUAUCCACAAGGCCAAUAUUGUAUGGAUAAGGCCAUAUCAAAAAAAGGUGAAAAAUCAAUCGAAAAUCCAUCGGAAUUCGCAAUGGUUUGCGCGCCCGAAAAACAAAGUGAUUGGGCAAAUACAGAGUUUUUGUUGAGAAAAGUGGUAAAUCCCGUGUGCCAUGGUAUUUCAAUCACAAUACUUCUGGUCGUUGGAAUUUGUUAUUUCGUCGUUCCAUCGCUGAGAGAUCUGGUAGGGAAUAUUGUUACCACUAUCACUUGCUGCUUGAUUGUAGGCCAGGUGACCAAUCUUAUGCGCAUUUUCACUGAGUUCCGAAAUCACUUCAAUUUCUUGCUUUUAGAUAUUUUGGCGGAAGUGAGUAUGAUGGCAACGUUCUUCUGGCUCAGCAGUUUGGGUUAUUUCAUUUGGAAAACGUUCCGAUCUCGAAACGUAUUUCUUCGUGUUACGGAUGGAAAAAAAUAUUGCUGGUACUCAUUUUAUGCGUGGGGUUGUACGGUGUGUAUGGCAUCGCUGGCCACAUUUGCCCAUAUCUUCCUCGAAAUCACUGAACCAAAGCAAAACCAUGCGAUUGAUGAUACGGAGGCCAUAGGUUUAUUGGCCAUAUUGGUAUUUUGUGUAUCAAAUUGCAUUGCGAUCGGUUUAAAUAUUUAUUUUUAUGUAUCAACACACAAUUAUCUGAGCAAUCGUUUGAAUGCGUCGUACGGCCGAAUUCACCAUAAACUCAAGUCCAAUUUUAUCAUGUUUGCAUUAUUAUUACUGCUGUUAGCAAUAUCAUGGGUUCUAUCUCUCGUUUCGCGGAUUGAAAACGAAGGCAUGUUCUACAUCAAUUUAACGAUAAGUGCAAUUCAGGCGCCGCUAGUUUUGUACAUUUGCGUGCUUCGACAACAGCACGUGACGUAUUUACUGCAAAAAUCGUGUUGCUCAAAACAACCACUAUCCAGCGCGGAGUGCUGGGGCGAUGAAAUGACCUACAUUAAUACGGCUCAUUAAAAUUUACAUGUCGUGUUUGGAGUAAAACUGAGAUUGAUUUAGAUAACAUUUACAAUUGCAUAUUUAUAACAAAAGAAUCUCCUAUUUCAUACAAAUUUAAUCCGAUAAGUGUACACACAAAUUUAUAAGCAUUUAUCCAAUAGUUUUAAGAUGCAUUUCGACGAACAACAACUCAUUUUAGACCAUUUUAUCCAAAGAUAUAAGCAGAGUUGUAAAUCACCGGAGAAGUGCAGUAACUUGUGAGUGUCCGCCCUUAUUUCAUAUCGUUGAACAACAGUAUUGUAUUUAAGCCUGUAUAUUUGAUGUCAGUAAAUUUUACAAAACGACAUCGUCGAACGAAUUAUUGCAUAGGACUGACUCCGGUUCUGUGUAUGUAUAUUGUAAAUUUUACACAAGCAGCUAUGAUCAACAACUCAGUGCAGAAUUUGCAAUAAAUACGGAUACUGUUGCCCAGCGUUCCAUAUGAUUGCCGAGUCUAUAUACAAGAAAAAGCAGCACUUGUUGACCAUGAUAAAAAGUGUCUGCACCUCCGCGAUGCCUAUAGCAGCUCUGAAUAAAAAAAUUUAGAAACAUUUUUCUACUGAACAUCCUUUUUUAUAUAUGACGAAAUUGUACAAAAAUCCUGUUAUAAAAUUGUCAAAUUGUUGAAAUGCUUAUAUGAUAUAAGUUGUGUCAAGUGUACUUACAACAUAGAUCAAAACAUUCGAAACAAUAACAUUAUCAAAAGCAGAUGGGUGGCCUUUUAUAAUGCCUAUUAAGUGUCAAUCGUAUGUAUAUUCUAGUGUUAAUUGAUAAUUGUAUGUAUAUUUAAAUUAUUAACUGCAUUCCAAAUGUAAUCUUGAGACUUAUUAUAUUCGAAAUGCACAGUUUAUAAAUUGAAAGCUUGUCUUCAGUGAACAGAAAGAUGUAACUUGAAUUUUUGAUAAGUUUUUUUUUAUUUUUGCAAGCAAUAUUUUGAUAAUUAUAUUUAAUUAAUAUGUAUUUACAAUUAAAC